AUGGGUCGCCUCCACAGCAACGGCAAAGGAAUAUCAGCCAGCGCGAUCCCUUACUCCCGCACACCGCCCGCAUGGCUAAAAGUGACCCCUGAGCAGGUGGUGGAUCAGAUCUGCAAGCUCGCAAAGAAGGGAGCGACGCCGAGUCAGAUUGGUGUUGUUCUCAGGGAUUCGCAUGGGGUGGCACAGACCAAAUUUGUUACUGGAAACAAGAUUCUGCGCAUUUUAAAGUCGAAUGGCCUUGCACCAGAGAUCCCAGAGGACCUGUACAUGUUGAUCAAGAAGGCCGUCGCCGUCCGCAAGCAUCUCGAGCGCAACCGCAAAGACAAGGAUUCUAAAUUCCGUCUCAUCCUCAUCGAAUCCCGCAUCCACCGCCUUUCGAGAUACUACAAAUCUGUAGGUGUUCUGCCGCCUACUUGGAGAUACGAGAGUGCGACUGCGAGCACGAUGGUGGCUUAG